AUGGAAUUUCAGGUUUGCGCAGAUGCAGACAGAAGAUUUGGUCCAAUAGUGCCUUCAGAAUGCCGCGGUGGCUUCGACUUCACAAUUCUAUUUAAGGAAAUCUUUUUCUCCUUCCUACCGGCUAUAGCACUGGUUUUUGCAGCUUUGAUCCGCUUGCGGGAUCUUCGUCAUCGCAAAGCAAUUGCUUUUGAUGUUCAUUUGCAGCUUGGCAAACAAGUUAGUGCCCCCCUUUCGGUUCAGGAACUUGUGUUAACACCACAAAGUGUGUUGCCAUCUCUUACGCAAUCACUCGGUUAGCGAUCCUCGUUCUUUGGGCAAUACCAUCAUCGUAUAGAACAAGACUUUCAAUUACGACAGCAGCAUUUGACCUAAUCUCAUGUGUGUAUAUUUGCAUCUUGUCAUACGUGGAGGGCAGAAAUACCAUCAGACCAUCAGCUCUCUUGAACUUUUACUUGCUCGUGACGACUCUUUUUGACGUCGUCCCAUUGCGAACAUUGUGGCUGUUAAAAGGACAGGAAUCAGCCUAUAUAGGACUUCACAACAUUGCUAUUGCAUCUUCUGUCAGUAUUGGCUUGAAGGUGGUUCUUCUCAUAUUAGAAGCUACCACCAAACGUAUCGUUGGAUCAUCACUGUCUCCUGAGGAAAAGUCGGGGAUUUACAGUCUGAGAACCUUUUGGUGGCUCAAUCCGAUUCUUUGGCUUGGACGGCGUAAAAGUUUGAAUACCAAGGACUUAUUUCCCAUUGACACUGGAUUAAAGACUGAAACGUACAGCUCGCAUCUCGCAGAGACUUGGAACAAAAGUUAGUGAUGCAGAUUUCUUAUCAUUUGCGUGAGAAGAUAGCUAACAGGACAUAGCUGACACAAGCUCAAAAUAUGCGCUCCUAAGAGCGGUGUUUUCCACUCUGAAAUGGCCGCUUAUAGCUCCCGCCUUUCCUCGUCUAAUCCUCAUAGGGUACGUUUAUUUAGUCCUAUUAAUAUACUGAUCUGUAUGGACUCUUGUCGUGCUUUUGGUCCAACCAUUUAUGAAUCGCAAUUAAUGGCUUCCCUCAUUUCAGUUUCACCUACGCGCAGCCACUACUCAUCAAACGUGCGAUUAAUUUUGUGGAAAAGGGCGGCAGUGAAAAUAUUGGAUACGGCCUUAUUGGAGCUACCGUGAUAAUUUACACUGGUCUCGGAGUAGGUGUUUUCUUUAUCUUCAGCAACAGUUACUAACUAUAUAAAGAUUCUCAACGGUUACUAUGGCCAUUUGUUAUAUCGAAGCAUUACCAUAGUUCGCGGGUCUCUGAUUGACAUUGUUUACAACAAGUCCUUGAGGAUAGACAUUGUGACGGCACAAGAGGCUACUCCCGCAGGUAAAACCACCCAAUUUUCCAUGAUUCAGGCUUGGUAGAAACGUAUUGGGGCUUCCGAUAAUGGCUAUUAGUAGCUUUUUGGAUGUGGUCCCGACCUCUUCCAACGUGAUCGCACUCCACUAACAACUUCCAUUCUCCCUCUAUUACCAAAUUCCCUUCUUAUGCUUGUGGCUUCAUUAUUCUUGAAUUAUAAAAUAGCUGGCUCGAUUCUCUUGGAUUUCACUUGAUUUGAUGCGCAAAAUGGAAGCUGACUCUGACAGGUCUUAUAACCGCUGACGUGGAACGAAUCGAUUUUACAAUCGAGAAAAUACACUCUCUUUGGGCAAGUGUAUUCGAGCUUGUCGUCGCCGUGUUUCUCCUAGAAAGAGAAGUUGGUUGGGCAUGUAUCGCACCUGUAUUAGUGGCAUUCGGUCAGUAUACGACAUUGGUAGAAGAUCAACUACUAACACCUUUGUGAAGUCUGCACCUAUUUAACUUCCGUGAUUUCUAAAGUAUUACCAACUCGACAAAAGACAUGGAAUCAGUCGAUUCAAAAGCGAGUGGCUCUCACAUCAACGAUGCUAAGCAACAUGAAAACAGUAAAAAUGAUGGGUCUAUCCAAGUAUAUAGCCACUACUUUGCAAGCCGCUCGUAUGACAGAGUUGGCUGCAUCACAAGCUUUUCGGCAGUGUAUGGCAAUUGUAAAUGUACUAGGUGACACACCAGCUCUGAAAUGUGGAAAUAAUUACAGCUAACAAAACCACAGUCCUUGUUCCAAAGCAACUUUCUGCUCCCUUCACAUUUCUUCUAUUCGUCUUUGCCGUUCAUAAAGGUUCUAGUAAUGGUGCAAUGUCUGCUUCUCGCGCAUUCACGACUUUAACAAUCAUCGAGCUUAUCACCACUCCUAUCGGCCUAGUUCUGCAGACCAUCCCAAGUGUUACCACAUCUUUGGCAUGCCUAGAUCGUAUCCAGGCAUAUCUAAAGUCUCCAGAUAAGAUUGAUAGGCGUGGUGCCAUGAGAUCCUCCCAAGAUACCAAGUCGUCCAACUCGGAAAAAUACAACUCUGCUGAAAAAGAUUUACCUGUCAUUUAUUUCCGAAACGCUAGUUUUGCCUACAAAGCCACUGAAGAUCGGGUCCUAGAUUUAAUCUCGUUAAUAAUACCCCGAGGAUCCUUAACAAUGGUAGUCGGUCCUGUCGGUAGUGGGAAGAGCACUCUCCUUAAAUCUAUUUUAGGCGAGCUGGAAUUACAGACUGGAGAAAUUGAUGUGCGUGUCGGAAAGAUUGCAUACUGCGAUCAGAGUCCAUGGAUUCCGAAUGGAUCUAUUCAGGAUUGUAUUAUUGGCACUUCAGAGUUUGACGAGGUUUGGUUCAAAGAGGUAUUGCAUGUCUGCGCCCUUGAUGAGGAUGUUCAUUCUCUCUCGGAAGGAAGACACACUGCGCUAGGAAGUCGAGGAAUCGCCUUUAGCGAAGGGCAGAGACAAAGAUUGGUAGGAACUUCCUAUUACUCCUUUUCCCUCUUAUCUUGCUAAUCAUAACCAAAGGCACUUGCGAGAGGAGUCUAUUCUCGCGCUCCCUUACUAAUCCUGGACGACAUAUUCAGAUCCCUUGACUCAAAAACCGCUGGGCUUAUCUUUCAAAGACUUUUUUCGCCUGACGGACUAGUCAAACGAACCAAUCUGACUGCUGUUUGUGCAACGCACUCUGGUCUGCCCCCAAUCAUAAUAUUUCAAUCCAAUUUAUGUGUAUUUUGCUAACGUUUAGGUAGCACGGCAUCUUCCUACCUUAGAUCAGAUAGUUGUCUUGAAAAAUGGCGGAAUUUCUGAAAUUGGCAGUUUUCAAUAUCUAAAAGAGCGUGAAGGGUAUAUCCAAAGUUUGACAACAAGAAGGCAGUCUAUCGAUUAUGGCAAUUAUGCUCCUCAAGAUAACAAAACAGUUGAAAUCAAAGCACAGCGGGCUCAGACAACAAGGAAGCCACAAAUCCCCGUACAACGCGUCAUUGGAACCAGGGAUCAAUCUGUAUACAUAUUCUAUCUAAAACCCAUUGGCGUAAUGAGAGCUGUGAUCCUACUUAUCGCGGUCAUCUCAUUGGCAUUUGCAACUCGGUUUCAGCGUUAGUCAUCAUCCUGUCCAGAUCUUUGUUGGCCGCAAGUUACUAACAUUUCCAAGGCAUUUGGGUCCAGUGGUGGACUGAAGCAGACAGUCACCAUUCGAUGUAUAUUGGGAUAUAUUUCUUGCUUGCCGUUGGUGCUUGCUUGAGCUUUGCUUUCUUCUUCUGGUAUGGCUUUUUUCCUGGUUGAUUUCGUUUAGCUGACAUGGAAAAGGUGGAUGUGGAUGUUUGUUGUUCCAAUGACGGCUGGGGGCCUACACGAGCAAUUGCUUGAUUCGGUCAUUCAGUGAGUGAUGUCUUGCAUAAAAUUUCGUGUUUUCCAAUUAACAUUGAGCAGCGCUCCUCUAUCAUAUUUCACCAAAGUAGACGCCGGUACAAUCUUGAACCGGUUUAGCCAAGAUAUGGCUAUCCUCAACGGCCAGCUUCCAGUCAACAUCUUCCAAGCCCUUUCUAGUCAGUGAUCUCAUAUGAAGAUGCUAGGACCAAGCUAAUAGAACGAACAGUUUUGAUGAUCUGUUUGAUACAGAUUGCCUUUAUUGCUUAUGGUUCAAGUUAUCUAGCAUCAGCUAUUCCAGUUACACUGCUUGUUGUGUUCCUUCUUUCCCGUUACUAUCUACUUACUUCACAGCAACUUCGCCUGCUAGAUAUUGAACUUAAAGCACCCAUUUAUACGAGUUUGACUGAAACCAAGGAAGGCCUCGCAACAAUACGAGCAUUCGGUUGGCAAUCAUCUUACAAAAAGAAAUGCCAAGCCCGGAUUGAUGAGUCAAAGAGGGCAAUAUACUUGUUAUUCAUGAUUCAACGAUGGCUAAAUUUCGUUCUCGAUCUAAUCGUUGCUGGUUUGGCGACUUUGCUAAUGACAUUGGCAACACAACUACGUCAUUCAACGAAUCCUGCUGCACUAGGAGUGGGCCUUUCCAGUCUAAUAGCGUUCAGCUUGAAUGUGUCCCAAUUUAUAUAUUGCUAUACAGAGCUGGAAAACUCGCUUGGGGCUAUAAGCAGGAUCAAAGACUGCGUCGAAAAUAUUGAAGUGGAAGACUCUGCCAUAGACGCCAAAGAGCCACCCAAAGACUGGCCGCCGAAUGGUGCGAUCGAGUUUUCACAUGUCACAGCCAGCUAUAAGUUUGUAUACCUCUUCUUUUUAUUUUUCUUAAUACUGAUAGUAAUACCAGUGAUGACGAGGAGAUAGCGCUCAACGAUAUCUCUUUCAGUGCUCUCCCUGGUCAGAAAGUCUGUAUUUGUGGUCGUACAGGCUCAGGAAAGUCUACGCUGAUGUCAGUAAUUCUUCGACUCCUAAGCGCCCAAAUCGGCGGAGUCUCAAUCGAUGGUAUUGACAUUGCCACUCUACGUUCCGAAGCGGUUCGGCAGAAUAUCAAUGUCAUUCCACAAUCACCCUUUUUCCUCCCAGGAUCUGUGAAACUCAAUCUCUCAGCGGACCAUCACACAGACAAAGAUAUGACAACGGCUUUGGAGAGAGUAGGCCUUUGGGAGCUCAUAGAAUCUCGUGGCGGUUUAUCAGCUGAAAUAUCCGCGGUGGCAUUGUCGCAUGGGCAACAACAACUGUUUUGCUUGGCUGCAGCGAUGCUGAAGAAAUCGAAAAUCGUAUUGAUCGAUGAAGCUACUAGCGGGGUCGAUUCUAAGACGGAGAAUAAGAUGUAUGAUCUGAUACACGAGGAGUUCCGGGACUGUACUGUUAUUAGUAUCGCACAUCGAUUGGAAAGGGUGCUUGAGUAUGACCAGGUUGUAGUAUUAUCUCACGGUCGAUGUAUAGAAAACGGGGCGCCUGGCGAUUUGUUGGAGAAACAGGGGGAGUUUUGGAAGUUAGUAAAUCCAUAG